CGCCCCGCGAAGAAACACUGCACGCGUGAUGUGUGGGACAUAAUGGUGGAUAGGUAGUAACACACUUAGCUCGGUAAGAGUAGCCUGUCAACUGUUGAUCAAUUUCUGGUCGCUGGCCUGGACUCUUCUGGCUCGACAGACGUUCCUUGCCACUGCCCGCUCGGACUGAACGACGCCCUGGACCGCAACAAAAUGCCGAAUAUCAAAAUAUUCAGCGGUAGCUCGCAUCCGGACCUGUCUCAGAAAAUCGCAGACCGCCUUGGUCUCGAGCUGGGAAAGGUUGUUACUAAGAAAUUUAGCAACCAAGAAACCUGUGUGGAAAUAGGGGAGAGCGUGCGUGGGGAAGAUGUCUAUAUUGUGCAGAGUGGAUGUGGGGAGAUCAAUGACAAUUUGAUGGAGCUCCUGAUCAUGAUCAACGCGUGCAAGAUUGCCUCUGCCUCCAGGGUCACGGCUGUCAUCCCCUGCUUCCCGUAUGCCCGGCAAGACAAGAAGGACAAGGUGGGGAGCCGUGCCCCCAUCUCUGCCAAGUUGGUGGCCAACAUGUUGUCGGUGUCAGGUGCUGACCACAUCAUCACGAUGGACCUGCAUGCCUCGCAGAUACAGGGAUUUUUUGACAUCCCUGUUGAUAACCUGUAUGCAGAGCCAGCUGUGCUGAAGUGGAUUAAAGAGAACAUCCCUGAAUGGAAAAACUGUACCAUUGUCUCACCUGAUGCUGGGGGAGCCAAGAGGGUCACCUCAAUAGCAGACAGAUUGAAUGUGGACUUCGCUCUUAUUCACAAGGAGAGGAAAAAGGCAAAUGAAGUUGACCGUAUGGUUCUUGUUGGGGAUGUGACAGACCGGGUAGCCAUUUUGGUGGAUGACAUGGCUGAUACAUGUGGCACAAUCUGCCAUGCUGCUGACAAACUUAUUUCUGCAGGUGCCACUAAGGUGUAUGCCAUCUUAACUCAUGGCAUCUUCUCUGGCCCAGCCAUCUCGCGCAUUAACAAUGCCUGCUUUGAAGCUGUGGUGGUCACCAACACAAUCCCUCAGGAGGAAAAGAUGAAGCAUUGUCCCAAAAUACAGGUUAUCGACAUCUCCAUGAUCCUUGCAGAGGCCAUCCGUAGAACUCACAAUGGAGAGUCUGUGUCGUACCUGUUCAGCCAUGUCCCCUUGUAACAAAGGUGUCUACCAUCAACUGUGUGCUUUAACACCAAAUAAAAGAAGAGGGAAUUCCCCAAUCCAAACACAACCAUUAGCAAAGAUGUUGUACUAACUAACCGUGAAUAAAUGAACUGUCAUUCAUGUCUGUUACUAAUGCUGACUCCACUCACCCGAGUCCCCUUCCUUUGAGCAGCAUCCUGUCGUGUUUGGGGUGCCAAAGCAAUCGCAAGCUAUCAUUUUAGGCUAGCGUAUUUAUUGUAUAUGGAUAAUUUAAUGUUUAUCCGCUGUGAACUCUGCCCCCUGUCAUAACAUUUAGUUAGAGUUUCUCCUGACCAUGUUGUGUUUCCGGGAGUCAUUUCAGUCAGUUGUGUAAGAACUUCUAAAUAUCCCAAUGGUCAGGAGAAGCAUCUGACUCAUACAGCUGUUACAAUGAAAGAGUGUAGUUUUCAUAUUGCUAUUUUGUCCUCUGCUGUUUGAAAGAUUAUAAUUAAUGAAGUGAAUGUGCAUAUUGAACUAGUUUACAGUGCCACUGAAGCUCCACUCAACCAAGAGUGCCUCAAAAGUCUGAACUGAAACUUUGCUUUCUUUCAGUCUGAUUCUUGUAUUUUACUAUUAUGGCUCUAAUGUUUGAAUUGGAUGUCUCACCAGGUUAUACUAGAUGUUUAGGAUCUUUCUUUCAACUCUUGAGGCGCCCUCAUUGAGUGGGGUUUGCCCAGUGUUCAGGGUUUACCCUUUGGGGUUGUACGUUGAAGAUCUUUCUAUAGAGAAGCUGUCAGGUUUUUAGAUUGGGGUCUCUGCAGGCUGGAGCUUCCUUCAGAAAUGUUCACCUGCUAUUUUUUUUUUUCCAUUUUGGUCUUUUGUAUGUCUGAAGGAAGGAUUUGUCAUUGAUGUGCAUAAUCCAAACCUCUGUUUACUUUUACAGUAGAGUGAAUGCGCAAGAUGCGUUCUUAAUGAAAAUAAAUAUGCGUAAAAUCUCA